AUGUCGCCCACAGUCGUACUCAUUACAGGCGCAAACCGUGGCAUCGGCCGUGGGCUCCUGGAGCUCUACCUUGCUCGCGCCAACCACAGGAUCAUCGCUACUGUCCGCGACCCGAACCACUCUACCGCGAAAAAACUCACCACGCUCCCAAGGGCCGAAGGAACUUCGCUAGUUGUCGUCAAGCUCGACGUCACGGUUCACUCCGAUCCUGCUGCGGCCGUUCAAGAGUUGUCCGCUAAACACGGCAUUGACCACGUUGACGUUCUCGUCGCGAACGCGGGCAUCGCGUUGAAGUGGCCCACCGUGUCCGAAGUAACGCCACAAGACAUCCAGAAGCAUGUCGAAGUGAACGUCCAUGGUUUUGUUGUGCUCUUCCAGGCUUUCCGGCCCGUGUUGCAGAAGGCGAAGGACCCAAAAUGGGUCACCAUCGGCUCAUCCGCAGCGUUUCUUACGCCACCCCCUUCUCACAACAGAAACUUUCUCCCCAUGCGGAACGCGGCGUAUGGGCCCACCAAGCUGGUCCAGCAUUGGCUCACGAAGGCCAUCCACACCGAAGAGCCAUGGCUCAUCGCCUUCCCAAUCGAUCCUGGCUGGGUGCAGACGGACAUUGGUGAUCGCGGCGCCCACGCAUUUGGAAUUGAAAAGGCGGCAAUCACCGUGGAUGAGAGCGUCAACGGAAUAAUCAAGGUGAUUGACGCAGCCACCCAGGAAACCCACAGUGGGAGGCUGUGGGCGUAUACAGGCAAUGAGGUGCCCUGGUAG